AUGACUACUGCAGCGGUCCCUGAACCACGACGCCCAAUAGUCCAUUUGAAUGGCUUCCCGGGUGUCGGAAAGCUCACCAUCGCCCGCUUUCUUCUAAAGCUAUUGCCCUUCGCAAAACUCGUCCAUAACCACCUCCUAAUCAACCCAGCCGACGCUAUUCUCCACCGCACCCAGCCAGGUUAUCAAACUCUACGCCGCGCAAUUCGACAAACCAUCUUCUCCGCCCUCACCAGCGAGCCUGCGACAUUCGACACGACUUACAUCUUUACGGAUUUUCAGAGCGACGACGAACUCGGUGCGGCUGUGUGCGCGGAAUAUCUCGCCACAGCAGAAGUACGACGUGCAGCUUUUAUUCCCAUUAUGCUUUUCUGCGACGAAAAGACCAACAUGCAGCGCCUAGUUUCAUCGGAUCGAGAGUUACACUCAAAGUUGACAGACGUGGAGCUUGUUAGCAAGUUCCGCCUCGAGGAGGAUGUCCAUCGCUUCACCGGCCACCCGAACUAUUCAGAACUCGAUGUGUCUAAUCUCACGCCGGAGGAGGCGGCAAGACAGAUAUAUGAGCAUCUAAAGCAUAUAUGCCCAGAAUUGUAA